AUUAGGCAUUCACCCCGCACAAUUUGUCUUUUGUCGCUGUAGCGUGUUUAUCCUCAAUAUAAAUGACAGGUGAAAGUAAUCCAAAACUUUAUGUUCUUCUUGACCAAGCUUCACUUGAGUCAGUCAAAGCAGCAAGCGGGAAAGAGUUUCAACUGCUUAAUCCUGACAGACACAAAGACCGAAUUUUGAAGUCUGGAAUAGAUGUUUCCACAGUUCGUCCGGAUAUUGCUCAUCAGUGUCUUCUUAUGUUGCUUGACAGCCCUCUAAAUCGGACCGGGAAAUUACAGGUAUUCAUUAGAACACGAAAAAAUGUCAUCAUUGAAGUUAAUCCUAAAACCCGCAUACCGCGUACAUUUGAUCGAUUCUGUGGACUUAUGGUACAACUGUUACACAAACUAUCAAUACACGCUGAAGGCGGUAAUCGUGAAAAACUUCUGAAGGUUGUAAAAAAUCCUAUUACACGACACUUUCCAAUCGGUGCACCAAUUAUCGCUACAUCAUUUUCAGCUAAGGAGCAGAUUAAACCACUACAACUAGCAGAAAGUACACAAAAAUCUGGUCCUCAAUCUGUUGUCAUUAUUAUUGGAGCAUUAGCUCACGGGUCAAUUGUUGAUACGUGUAAAGAAUUUCUCCAGCGUACAGUCAGUAUUAGUAAUUUUCCUUUAUCAGCUGCUCAAACCUGUUCACGAAUAUGUACUGCUUUUGAAGAGCUGUGGGGUGUUGAAGAUAUCUUGAGUGAAAAAACUACUACCCCAGUGGAUGUUUGCACAUAAUUGAUAUCGAAUGAAUAAAAGCGCAUUUUACAACACAACUAACUUAUUACAGUAAAUUUAAACGUCCUCUAACAAUUCUUUUUUUUUGUUGUACAUAAAACUGCAAAGGAUUUUUUUAAACAUAAAUUUGAAAUCUAAUUAUGUUUUCCUUCAUU